CAGCACGGCGAACGCUGGUCCGCUGUGUCCCUUGGACACAACGGAUCACAGAAAGAGCCGAAGAUGGCGGCUCGGUCAUGUGACCAGCUGUGUCCAAUCACAGCUGAUCACAUGUCACUGAUGAUCAGUGUGCCCUGAUGAUCAGUGUGGCCCCAGAAGUGCCACCUGUCAGUGCUCAUCAGUGUCAGUGCCCAUCAGUGCCACCUGCCAGUGCCCAUCAGUGCCACAUAUCAGUGCAUACCAGUGCACAUCAAUGCCACAUAUCAGUGCCCAUCUGAGCUGCCUUUUAAUGUCACCCAUCAAUGCCAAUCAGUGCCGCCUAACAGUGCCAUGUAUCAGUGAUGCCUGUCAAUGCCCAUCAGUGCAACCUACCAGUGCCUCCUCAUCAGUGCCACCUAUCAGUGUCCAUCAGUGCAGCCUAUCAGUGCCCAUCACUGCAGCCUCAUUAGCGCACAUCAGUGAAGGAGAAAAAUCACUUAUUUACAAAAUUGUAAAA